UGGUGGUUGGAUGACAGUGACAGUUCGUAUCUUAAAAAAUUAUCAAUAAAAUUAAACAGAAUACGUGUUAAAAUUUGCAUUUACUUAUUAACUGCAUAAACAUAUAAGCGUACUUCGAUCUUACUACUAUACCAAAUAUGUGCUAACGCCAUAACAGUAUUAUUAAAGUGUAUAUCUACAUAAUGUCCAGGGUUUAACCAAGCGAAAUUACUACAAAUAUGUUUGCAUCCCUAAAAAACAAGAUUCGCGAAGAGACAGGCAGCGAUUUGUCCAAACUUACAGCUAAAAUUACAUCUUCUACAGUCCAGAAAAUAGAAUCUAUAAGAGGUCGCUCCCAUCAAGGGUCUACAUCAAGUCUAAACUCCAUCGUAUCAUCAGAGGGCUUCAGGGAGGAUGGCCCCAUUGAACCUGAGGAACUUCGGAGAAGGCUGGCCAAGCUAGAAUCGGACUUUGCCAGAAAAUUAGAACAGAAAGAACAUGAAUGGAAAGAGAUAACAAGGGACAAAGAUAAUCGGCUGCAUGCUUUGGAACAUGAGAAGGAUGAGGCAUAUAAGCAAAUAUCCAAUUUGAAGGAGGCUUUAAAGAAUGCAGAAGAAUUUAAACUGAAAAUACUAGAACUCCAAGAAAACACAGAGCAACUAGAAAGCUUGCAAUCUCAAGAAUUAUCAAAGGUAAAAGGUUUAGUAUUAUUACGUGACCAAGAAUUAGCGGGAAAAAACACUGCCUUAAAAGAUGCCCUGUUGCAAUUAGAAAAAUUGAGGUCCGAAGUAACCAGAUUAAGAAGACAAGAAGAACUUUUGAGUGAUGUGCAAGAUGAUUUAGAGUCUCUUAGACAUUCCACGUCUCGAGAUCUUGCUCAUUUGGCAGCUGAGUUAGCCAAAAGUGAGCAAGAAAGAAAGCAUUUGGCUGAUCUUGUGGUGAUUCUAAGGCAAAGUUCGUCAAAUGGCGUAACGCCGGACGAGAAGGAUGCACAGGAAAGAAGACUGUUGGAACAAAGAUUGGAAGAGGCUCAUUUACAUUUGGCUGAUAUAAAGACAUCAUGGAGUGAUAAGAUUGCUUCAUUGGAGACUCAGGUUGGCAGGUUGAGUAGACAGGCAGCUGAAGAGAGCAGUGAGCGCAGAAGGGCAAUAGCAGACAAAGAAAAAUUACUGGAGAAAAUAAAGCAAUUGGAAGCAGAGCUAGAAUGUAGUAAAUUCGAACUUAAUAAUAAGGAAGCAAAAAUAAAGAGAUUGACAGAGGAUGUGAACGAGCUAUCUACAGAACUUAAGUCUGUUCAAAAUGAUAGUGAUGAAGAAAUUACAUUCCUUAGGACCGAACUAGAUAAUGCUAAAACAGAGCUAAAAAUUGUAAGGAAGAACCUGGACAAUGCUGAAUCAGAAUUAGAUAAAACAUCAGAUGAGUGUAGCAAAUUGAAAUUAUCUGUAGACUCCGAGCAUCAGACAAGUGAUUCAUUGAGAGAAAUGAUUGCGAAAUUCGAGAAAGAAUUAGAGGAAGAAAGGGAAAAUUCUUUGAAUGUACAGAAAACUUUAACUAGAGUAACGUCUGAAAAGAAUAGUGCUCUUGUACGGAAUGCUGAGGUAUCGCAACAGAUAGAAUUGAUAAAGCAAGAUAUGAGACGACAAGAACGAGAAACGAAUGAACUUAUGAAUAAGUUAACGCAGCUUGAAGAGGAAAAUGCAAAACUAAAACAAGGAGUUUCGCUUCAGCAGAAGCUAAUGAAUAAUAUAAACGAGUUAGAGGAGCAGAUUUCCGAAAAGAAUAAAACUAUAAAAAUGUUGCAGUUACGAUUAGCAGAUAUGAAGAAGACACUUCAGCAAGAACUGAGAACACCUGGCAAUCCAAGCUAUCACAGUGAUCUGUUGGAGAAUAAUACUGCAGCGAUAUUGACACCUACACAGAUUUCAACGCGAACAUUACCAAACAUAGUUAAAAGAGACGACGAGGAUGUCAACUUUAAGUACCUGAAGCACGUUGUGCUGAAAUUUUUGACCAGCAGGGAGUAUGAGGCCCAACAUCUUAUUAAGGCCAUAUCAACUUUGCUAAAGUUUACGUCUGAGGAGGAGAAACUAAUACAGGAUACUUUGGAAUGGAGAAAAUCCUGGUUCGGCAGCAAACCAAAAUAUCCCGGCAAUACAAAAUCGAAAAACGUGACCAGUUGAUGGAUGCUAUGGAGUACUUACACAUUCUGGGAUACUUAGAUGUACAGAUAAAGGGUUCAUGUCAUGGUUGCUAAGGUUAGUGGAAUUCAGUAAAACAUGAUCUUUGUCUUGGAUGUAUACAGGGACCGUCAGAAAAUAGUGAAAACUUGCAGGAAGUUCGUGAGUGACAGAGUUCAGUAGAGCUUCGAGAAGAUAUCAUCAACCUUGUUUUGUCAAGAAAAUGGAGCAAUUGUACAGUAUUUCCGUGAUUGAGAACAUUUUGGUGUUGAAACUCUAGCAAACGAAUAAAAUCUUGUGAUAUUGAUGUCGUUUUCUCUGACGGAUCUUGUUAAAGGAGAUUGUACCAUAAUUAUAUGACUGAUUUGUUUGGCUAGUCAAUUAGCAUACAUAUAUUCAAGAAGGUUCCUACAGAUAAAAGUUAAAAUUGAGAUAUAACUUUUCGAAAAGACUUAGAAUAGUUAUCAUUUUGACACAUCUUCCGUUCUUCUAUGAAAUACGUGUAUUAUACACACAUUUCAAUUAGAGCAUCUAGCCUGCCUAUAAUUCUCAGCACAACCAAUAGUCAUACAGUGCUUUUUAAAAAGGUACCUCGCGAUUUAUUGUGUGUAUGGGUCAAGUUAGCAAGAUACAAUUCAGGGUGUGACGUCAUCCAAAUGUUAAAAAAUCACGUAGUACGGUUAACCGCCUAACGUAGGUGAGGUACUAGCUGGUGGCAGGUCUUAUGUCAAUGUCGUUUAAAAACAGACAUUUGAAUUGAAAAUUUGUCUUCGCAGUGCCGAAAAUUGAUGAUUAAAUCAUAAAUCAAGAAAAUAGAUGGACAGGUCCACCUGAUUUUAAAUGAUCAAGGAGACUAUGCGGUCAUUGUAAAUACAGGAACCGCAUUCGUCAUAUCAAACGGCUGAUUUCAUUGAUAUAGGCAUUGCACAAAAAACUUGCGCCAUCUAACCACUCCCGAACUUGAAACUGUCAAAACGGGGGCGUAAAUUCCAUCUGUCCCCGCUACGUUCACUACGGGAUCUCGCGAAAAAAUCGUUAAAGUGGCCGAAUGUCAAACGUGAGCAUUUUUGUUUAUUGAUUCGCUCAUAACUCAACAACUAACCAUCUAUCUGAAUGAGUGAAUGAAUAAAUUAAAGCGUCAGGUUAAGAAAACCCCUCAAAAAAUGAAUCUUCCAUAAUCAAACGUCUAAAUUUAAAAAAAUUGACAGCCUGCAGAUUUUUUAAUGAUAUGUUUAUAUUCUAUUAUAUAUCCGGAUAAACUUUUCCAAUAGAUGAAGAUAUAACAUACUAUAAUUUGAUGAUCUCGCCUUGUAUUCCACUUAAAAAAAGUUCCAUUUUGGAGUAUUUUCCCAAAUGGAAAGGUUGGUUAUGUAAUACUUCAUUUAUAUUCUAAGGAUAUAAAGCACUCAUAAGGAUUUUCAAAAUAACAUGACCCCUUAUGCCAAAUGUAACAAGAUGACGCCCAGCAGCCAUUUCGAAAUUUUCAACUGUAUCCCAUUGUCUAGCUGAAUCAAACAACGCAUUUUCUAUGCCAGAAUAUAGUAUGCAUCAAUUCCAUCACCCAGAAUUUCAGCUUGCUAACUUGAUCCGCUAAAGAUAUACGCAAUCUAUACGCACUCUUUUAUGAUUGAUUAAUUUAUAAGUACCUGGGUUGUAAUGAAAGCAUUUUAAAAAUGAAAAUCCCUGUCAGAAAAAACGAUAAUUAUUCAUGCUUUCGACAACCGCUGGUUUUUUGUACGUAAACAGCGAUAACCCUUCAUAACCCAGGACAAGCCAUGAAAAAAUAUACAUUCAGACUGUAGGAACCAUAAGCUUCAAAUUAAGCACUAAAGGACUAGUAUUUUCAAAGUUUUGUUGUGCAUAGCUCAUCUUCCAAAAAUUUUAAGUGAUCAUAGCUUUAAGAUUAAAGAUAUAUACAUGGAUUAAGUAAAAUGUAUGCUUGGUAUAUCAUGGCCUUCAAAAGUAUUUCAAGUACGAAAUUGUAUGGAAAUCGUUAAAUAUUAUAUGUACAUAUUUGUAAAUAAUUUGUUGCGGCGUACAUAUUUAUACACAUUUUCCAAUGAUAAUAUAUAUUAUUUUGUAUUUAUUUGAAAUAAAUCUAUAA